AUGAGAUUAUUUGAAAGAAGUGUGUUCAAAACUGAGAUAGCACAUGUUACAAGACACGCUAUUGAUUCAGAUCAGUUUGCAUACAAGGAAGGUCACAAUUCGAUUAUGGCUCUGAUCAAGUGCCAACACACAUGGUUAAGAUGGUUAGAAGGAGAUGCAAAAUAUGUCAGAGUAUUAUCUUUUGACUUUCGCAAAGCAUUCGAUAGCGUUCCACACGAUAUUUUAUGUGAGAAGCUUAAGAAGCUCCCCAUCAACCCAUAUGUUAUUAAUUGGCUGAUUAGUUUUCUGGAGGAUAGGAAACAGAGGGUAGUGGUUGAUGGAAUAGAAACUGAAUACUUGAACAUUAAUCGAGGUGUUCCCCAAGGAACAGUUCUGGGUCCUGUCCUCUUUUCGAUCAUGGUGAAUGACAUCAAAACAGUUAACCCCAUAAACCAGUUAGUUAAGUUCGCGGAUGACAUGACAUUAGAAGUACAAGGGAAUGAAAACGGAGAUACAUCCCAAGCCGAAGUGGACAGUAUACAAACAUGGUCUGAAAAUAAUCGAAUGUCCUUAAAUAUGGAAAAGACGUAUGAAAUGAUUGUUAGGAGAAAUAUCCCUACGCUGUUGCCUGAUCCUUUUCCAUUUAUUAAACGAAGGACGUGGUUAAAGAUUUUAGGAAUUACAUUACAGGAUCUCCCUUCCAAGUGGGAUUUGCAUUUUGAUGAAAUGUUGAAAAAAGCCAGUGCAAGAAUGUAUAUAAUGCGUGUCUGUAAAUACUAUGGCUUCCCAAUCAAACAACUGGACAUGCUGUUUAACACUUUAAUUAUGCCUAUAAUCACUUACGGCAUAGAACUUUGGGGAGGCGCAUACUUCAAUAAAUACAUUAGUCAAAUAGACAAAUUCAUCAAUCGCGCUCACAGAAAUGGUUACAUAUCGGAAAAAUUGAAUAUUAAGGAGAUAAGCAUCAAAAGGGACAAGAAACUUUGGGAUAAAGUAAUACAUAAUAAAGAUAAUGCACUACAGGAGCUUUUACCAGAUAAAUUAAAUAGACACCUUAGGCCAAGGGGACACGAGUUUGAACUUCCAUUAGUGCGAACAGAGCGAUUUAAAAGUUCUUUUGUAAAUCGAU